AUGACUCUCAACAUAUCGUCCACCAUCCAUCUCUCAUCCGGCACAUCGACUCCGCGCGCGAAUGAGGCCGAGGUCGGCAAGGCUGUCCGGGAGAGCAGCAUUCCUCGCGAAGACAUUUUCGUCACCUCAAAAGUUAUGGUUCACGAACACGGUUACAACGCUGCGCUGAGUGCGAUAGACGACUCGCUCCAGCGGUUUGGCCUCGGUUACCUUGAUCUAUUUCUAAUACACAGUGUUCUCUCUGGGAAGGAGAAGCGCCUCGAGACUGGAGGGCACUCCUGUGCAAAGAAGGCGGGCAAAUUUCGCGUGUACCGCCUCGAAGAAAUUCGAGAGGCAGGUCUCGAGAUGCCUGUAGUCAAUCAGGUUGAGGUACGUCAAUUCUCCAUCCAUUCUGCCAGCAGAAAGCCGAUAGUCGACUACUGCACUGCGCACAACAUCGUCGUGCAGGCGUACUGCCCGUUCAUCCGCGGCAAGAACUUCGAUGAGGCCGUCCUCACCGAGGUCGCUAAGAAGGUACAUGUUCGUACUCUCCCACUCACCGCAGCCCUAACAUCUUCUCUUCAAUCAGUACGCCAAAUCCGUACCACAAAUUCUGGUCCGGUGGUCGCUCCAACGCGGUCCUCGCAGCCCGCACGCAUCGCUGUGAACGCGGAAGUGUAUGAUUUCGAGAUCGCAGGGGAAGAUAUGGAUGCGCUCGACGCGCUGGACCGCGCACGCCGGGUGCGAUAA